AUGGGUGCUAAAAAGAAGACCAGUAAUACUGGCAAGAAUGGAGCUGGUGGGAAAGGCGUGAAGGGGCCUCAGGAGCAAGAGAAGAAGGCUCCGUCGAAAGGAGGAGGCCAGAAGGCUCGCGUCCGACACAUACUUUGCACGAAGUUCUCAAAGAAAGAGGAAGUGCUGGCCUUGUGGAAUGCAAACCCAACAACGGACAACUUCAAGGACUUGGCUAAGCAAUACAGUGAGGAUAAGGCAAGAUCAGGCGGUUUUCUAGGCGAACAGCCAAAAGGAUUCUGGGAACCGGCAUUCGAGCAAGUGGUCUACAGCAUCGAAGUGAGCUCGGACAAACCUGGCAGCAAUGGAGUCAAACCAAAGGCAUAUGUGGGACAGGCCACCACCAAGGAAGGAUACCAUCUAAUUUUGGUGGAGGCUAGAGGUUGA